GUUCGUUUAGGAGAGAAAUGGAGGACCAAAAAUUCCAACCACAUACCUAAUUCAUCAAGCCCGUAAACCAUAUAAAUAAAUCCGUGUAUCACGAAGAGCUUGAACGUAAACACAAUAACUAGAUACACGAAUUAUGGACAUUCGACACGAAUCGAAUCGUUAUUUUAGUCAACACGACAACAUGGCAGCUUUAACUCGUCACCGUCACUGAGAAAGAGGAAAUGGAGACGAAUAUUCGUUUUUAAAAUGUCGGAAAUAACGUUACAUAUGUACUGUGAAGAAAUAUCAGAAAUAUGACGGAGGAGAAGUAACGUGAUGUCCGUUAAUCCGUCCGUGUUAGCGUGUUAGCAUCGUAGCUAAAACGUACGAUGCCUAGGUAUUCCUGCGCAGUGAGUGAGAGAGAGAGUGAGAGAGAGUGAGAGAGAGAGAGAGAGAGAGAGAGAGAGAGAGAGAGAGAGAGAACUAAACACGUUAGUCGCUGAUACACGUUUACAGAACCCAAGGUAUAUAAAUUAAACCCGAAGGUAUAAAUUGACAGCCGUUAUCCGGAUGAAUGUUAGCAUGUUGCUAAUGAAACACAGGGACUAGUUGCACACGAGCACACGGCGAAGGAAGACGCGCAGCCGGAUCUACUUUGCCCUGUGUGUGCGUUGGGUGAAUGGAGGCGCAGCUCUUCCUGGUGGCGAACAAACACUGACAACUACAGGGCGGCCGGCGGCACGGCCACACACACCUUCUCCUUCGCCCCAAUCCGACACCAAAACAUGGCUGGUGACAGCAAACACACCGCGCAGUUAAAAUCCGAACUCUACUUCCUAAUAGCCCGGUUUUUAGAAGCUGGACCGUGUCAGGACUCGGCAGAGAGCCUGAUUCGGGAGGUUCAGGAGAAGGAGCUGUUACCCAAAAGGAUAGAUUGGACUGGAAAGGAACACCCUGGGAGUUACGAAGAUUUGGUGAAACUGUAUAAACACACUUCCCCUGAUCACCUGUUGCGUGUGUGUGAGCGAGUCGGUCCUCUUUUGGAGAGAGAGGUUCCUGCCAGUGUGCCAGGAGUCAACUCGCUGCUGGGAGUGGGGCGGCAAUCUCUGCUCCGUACCAACAAGAGUUGUAAACACGUGGUAUGGAAGGGUUCAGCCCUCGCAGCCCUGCACUCUGGCAGGCCACCCGAGCCGCCAGUCAUCUACGGAAGCCCUCCCAACAUCGUGGAGACAGCUUACAGCCGGAAGCUGAAUGGUUCAUAUCGUUUGGGUCAGCUUGUCCCCACAGCUGUUUACUCACACAUGAAGAUGCACAAGAGGAUUCUGGGACAUCUGUCCUCGGUGUAUUGCGUCGCCUUUGACCGGACGGGUCGUCGCAUCUUCACAGGUUCAGAUGACUGCCUGGUGAAGAUUUGGGCCACGGAUGAUGGGAGAUUGUUAGCCACACUGAGGGGUCACGCUGCAGAAAUCUCAGACAUGGCGGUGAACUACGAGAACACACUGCUAGCAGCUGGAAGCUGUGAUAAGAUGAUCAGAGUGUGGUGUCUACAGACGUGUGCUCCACUGGCUGUGCUAGAGGGACAUGCAGCCUCUAUAACAUCACUACAGUUCUCUCCUCUUUGCAGCGGUAAUAAGAGGUUUCUGUCCUCCACCGGCGCGGAUGGAACAAUCUGCUUCUGGCAGUGGGACGCACGGACGCUAAAAUUUGGGCUACGACCCAGCAAAUUCACAGAACGGCCCAGACCAGGUGUGCAGAUGAUCUGCUCAUCAUUCAGCGCAGGUGGGAUGUUUUUGGCCACAGGCAGCACUGAUCACAUUAUCAGAGUUUACUACUUUGGUGGAGAUCAGCCAGAGAAGAUAGCCGAGCUGGAGUCGCACACUGAUAAAGUCGACAGCAUUCAGUUCUCGCAUAGCGGAGACAGGUUUGUGAGUGGCAGUAGAGACGGGACAGCACGGAUAUGGCAGCUGCAACAACAGGACUGGAGAAGCAUCCUCUUAGACAUGGCCACCAAACUGCCGGGAAAGUACAACCCACCACCCCUGGAGGACAAAGUGACCAAACUCAAGGUCACCAUGGUGGCCUGGAAUCGCCAUGACAACAUGGUCAUCACAGCAGCCAACAACCUGACACUGAAGGUGUGGAACUCGUACACAGGCAACCUGAUCCACAUCCUCAUGGGCCAUGAGGACGAGGUGUUUGUGUUGGAGCCUCACCCCUUCGAUCCCAGAGUGCUGUUCUCCGCUGGCCAUGACGGCAAUGCCAUCGUGUGGGAUCUGGCACGAGGAGUUAAAAUCCGCUCCUACUUUAACAUGAUUGAAGGUCAGGGACACGGCGCGCUGUUUGACUGUAAGUGUUCUCCAGAUGGGCAGCACUUCGCCUGUACGGAUUCUCACGGACACCUGCUCAUCUUUGGCUUCGGCUCCAGCAGCAGAUAUGACAAGAUAGCGGACCAGAUGUUCUUCCACACCGACUACCGGCCGCUGAUCCGUGACGCCCACAACUACGUGUUGGACGAGCAGACGCAGCAAGCCCCUCACCUCAUGCCCCCGCCCUUCCUGGUGGACGUGGACGGGAACCCACACCCUCCUCGCUAUCAGCGCCUGGUGCCCGGGCGUGAAAACUGCAGAGAGGAGCAGCUCAUCCCACAGAUGGGUUUGACAUCAUCAGGAUUAAAUCAAGUGUUGAGUCAGCAAGCGGCAGAAGGUUCCAGUCCCCUGGACAGUAUAAUCCAGAGACUACAGCAGGAGCAGGACCAAAGACUGGGCUCAGACUCCAGAGCUGCUCGAGGGUCUGUGAGCUCUCCUACAGAAGUGUCGUCUCCACCUAACGUGGGUCUGAGGCGCAGUGGUCAGAUCGAGGGGGUCAGGCAGAUGCACAGUAACGCUCCUCGCAGCGAGAUGGCCACCGAGACCGAUUUGGUAGCCUGGAGCAGACGAGUACUGGUGCCUGAACUCUCACUGGGAACAGCCAGCAAACAAGAAAACUGGAGGACGGCUCGAGGAGAGGAGGAGAUGAACGUCUACAGAUCAGAGAGGAGGAGACGCAGUAUACACAGCCAGUACCACAGAGAAAACCGGCACGCAACAGAGAACACGGUGGAGGAGGGGCGGCGUCACCAAGGCAACCAGCACAACUACCACACACGGCUGGCUGUGGAAGAGACGAGCCGCCAGAGUGAGGCCAACGAGGAGGAGCCUAGUGCUUCAGAGGGUGAAGCAGAGGUCCGUCCUCCUAGCAGAGAGUCUUCAGAUGAAGAGAGAGAAGAGAAGGAGCCAUGGCCUGAUGAUCACAGCAGCUCCAGUGACUACUCAAGCGAUUACUCAGACUGGACGGCGGACGCAGGCAUAAAUCUGGAACCACCCAAGAAGACUACGGUGAAAAAGAAGAAGAAGAACGCUAGCAGCUCCGAGGAGGACGGGGAGAAGAAAAAAGAGAAAGACGCCAAGAAAGAGAGAAGGAAAGAAAAGCCAGACAAAGACGGAGCACAACCAAAGAAGAAAAAGCCAAAGGAGACGAGGAAGAGAUUACCUGAGUUACAGGAGCAGGGUUUGACUCUAGAGGAGUGGCUGCCCUCUGAAUGGAUCACAGACACUGUGCCACGGAGAUGCCCCUUCACUCCUCAGAUGGGUGAUGAGGUGUAUUACUUCCGACAAGGUCACGAGGCGUAUGUGGAGAUGGCCAAAAAAAACAAGAUCUUCAGCAUCAACCCUAAGAAGCAGCCUUGGCAUAAGAUGGAGCUGCGGGAGCAGGAGCUGAUGAAGAUAGUAGGUAUUAAGUAUGAGGUGGGUUUGCCCACUCUGUGCUGUCUGAAGCUGGCCUUCUUGGACCCAGACACAGGCAAACUGACAGGCGGCUCCUUCUCCAUGAAAUACCACGACAUGCCUGAUGUCAUCGAUUUCCUGGUCCUCCGUCAGCAGUUUGACAACGCGAGACAGCGCCAGUGGAUGAUCGGCGAUCGUUUCCGCUCUGUGAUCGAUGACGCCUGGUGGUUCGGUACGAUCGACAGUCAGGAGCCGUACCAGGCGGAAUAUCCCGAUAGCCUUUUCCUGUGCUAUAACGUUUGCUGGGAUAAUGGUGACACAGAAAAGAUGAGCCCAUGGGACAUGGAAGAGAUCCCUAAUGAAGCAGCGUUUCCUGAAGUCUUGGGCCAGAGUGUGCCAUUAACUGCAGAGGAACACAAGGCCUUACUCUAUCAGCCUCUGGAUCUGGAGUGGGGCUCACGGACUCGUGACGAAGAGUGCGAACGCAUCAUCACCGGCAUCGACCAAAUGAUCACCCUGGAUGUAGCAGCUCCAUUUGCAGUGCCUGUGGAUCUGCAGGCGUAUCCCACAUACUGCACAGUGGUGGCUUAUGUCACAGACCUGAGUACAAUCCGGACCAGACUAGAAAAUCGCUUCUAUAGGAGAAUGUCCUCUCUCAUGUGGGAGAUUCGCUACAUCGAGCACAACGCACAGACCUUUAACGAACCCGGAGCUUUUAUCGUCAAAGCGGCAAAAUUUGUAUCGGACCUCCUGCUGCAGUUUAUUAAGGACCAAACUUUCACCGACAUUAUUCCACUGUACAAUAGCAUGAAAAAAACAGCUUUCUCUGACUCGAGUGAUGAUGAAGAAGAAGAGGACGAAGAGCCUGAAACUCCAGGUACAUCUAAACGCAAUAAUAAGGGCAAGCAGAAGCCCAUCCUGAGAAAUCUGAGGAAUAAACCUGCAUCUGUAGACCCUCAUGCCUGGAGGGGGCGCUGCAGAGAGCUGCUGGAACUCAUAUUCCAGUGUGAGGACUCUGAGCCUUUCCGACAACCCGUGGAUCUUGAUGAAUAUCCGGAUUACCUGGAAAUUGUAGACACCCCUAUGGACUUCGAGACAGUCCAGAAAACUCUCCUAGCAGGAAAGUACGAGUCUCCGAUGGACUUAUGCAAAGACGUGCGACUCAUAUUCAGCAAUUCCAAAGCUUACACACCCAGCAAGAAGUCCAGGAUCUACAGUAUGAGUCUCCGGCUCUCUGCCCUGUUCGAAGAACACGUCAGCUCGAUCGUAGACGAUUUCAAAGCCGCUCAGAGCCGACAUACGGAGCGUCAGACCCGACAACGCCUGCACAGAGAGCGACCGACCAGACAAAGCAUGAAGAGGAGGAGAAGAAGCUCUUCCCCUUCCAGCUCUGCCUCCAGCCCUGAGAGGAAGAGGCGUGUCUCGUCUCGGGUCCCUCCCCGCUCCGAUGCUGCAGCUCCAACCACACCAGCUAGUCAUUCCCGCACCGCGUCCUUAAGACAAACCCUUCCGCAUGUCAACGGCAAAGCAGAACAAACCGUCACCUCCGGACGCACUCGUAGCUCCGCUCGUUUUGGCACUCAUUCCACAGACCCGCCUCCGACGCAGACGGCUCCGCCCCCUGUCCCCACCCACAGCAAAGGACCCGAGGCCACAUCGAGGACGGCUCGAGCUCAGAACUCUCACACUCCUCCCAGCAUCUCCAAGGAAACGGAGAGUUCCAACAACACGGACAGCGGAGGCAGGGAGUCGAGGCGGAAACUUCGAACUCCUGUUAAGCACACGCCAGGUCCAGUGGAUCAUCCUCCUCUUCCUCCCAACAACAUUCAUUUAAAUGGCCAUAGCAGUCAAGCCUCACUGGGUGUAGUGAAAAGGGGUCGGGGCAGACCCAGACUGGAGUCUCAGAUAAGGACAGCAGAGGUUGUUGAGCCACCACCAUUGCUCCGCCCACCAGGGAAGCGGGGCAGGAAAAGUAAAAAAGAGCUGGAAGCUCUGCGUCUGAACUCCACCAUCGAGGAGGAACCCGACCAGUCCACGAGUGACGAGGCCGGCACUUCGUCUACCACACACGAUACUAGCCUAGCAGACUCAGGAGAUGGACUUCAACAGCAACCAAAGCGUCGUGGAAGACCACGGUUAGUGAGGACAGCAGAACAAGCCCCACCAACCCCCACAACUGUUAGAAGGAGCGGCCGCCGUGGCAGCGAACAGAACACAUCUCCUGUCCCGAAGGAGGUAUCAGAAGGGGUGGAGUCUGGAGGGGACGGGAACGGUAAGGGGCCUAUGAAAACACGUAACCAGGGCCGUAGGACAGCGUUCUACAAUGAGGAAGACUCUGAAGAAGAGCAGAGACAGCUUCUGUUCGAGGACGCCUCUAUCACUUUUGGCACAUCGAGCAAAGGCAGAGUUCGCAAACUUACAGAGAAGGCCAAAGCCAACCUGAUUGGCUGGUAACUGCACCAACACCAUGGUUCUUUGUGCUAUCUUAUAUCUACCCCACAGUGCACUGGGGUGACACCAUUCCUGCUGCUAUCAGACUGAAUUUAUGUGAAUCUGAUCCUGACUCUGUACUGAAGGACUUCUGGCCUUAGAGUCCUUCCUGCACCAUCACCACCACCACCCCCGACAAAAACAAACAAAAACUCACACAUGCAGUUACACUUAUCAUUUUUUCACACCUGCAGUUAAACCUAUCCCUUUUCAUCAUUUCCAGGUGCACUGUUUGAAAUCCAGCGAAUCAUAUGAUCCUUCAGUCUGACGAACUUUUUUCCCUGCAUAACACACGCACACGAACAUGUUUUUACACAGUAGUAGUUGCUAAUAGCAACAAACCCAAGCAUCCUUCAGAAAUCACUUUUAAACACAGAGUGUUUUCAAAGUGUAAGUGUGUGUGAGUGUGUAUGACUGUGUGUGUGUGUGUGUGUGUGUGUGUGUGUGUGUGUGUGUGUGUGUGUGUGUGUGUGUGUGUGUGCGCAGAGUUUUGGAAUAGUAUAUUUGGUGGUUAUGCAAAGAUGGACCUUUUAAACUGUUCUUAUUGUCUUUAAAUUGUCUCUCUAAGUCAAAAGAGAAAUUAUGACUGGUUUUAGCAUGUUUUAUAUGAUUAGCAAUACCUUGUGCCUUUUGAUCAUUUAAAUACAUUGAUAUUUCUUUGUACUCCACACUGUGUAGUAUUGUGUGUGUGUGUGUGUGUGUGUGUGUGUGUGUGUGUGCACGCCCGUGUGUGUAUGAUAAAUGCUUUUCUAUUGUCGAUUUAUGCAUAAUUGUGGAGAUUGGUCUGUUGCGAAGGAACAGACUGGUGAGCAUUGCGUCUCCCUCUGACCGUGUGUGUGUGUGUGUGUGUGUGUGUGUGUGUGUUAUUGUUAGGACUGAAUUCAUUUAAAAAUUGCAGAUUUGGGCUCCUGUAUGGUGCAGCGGUAAAUAGUACACUGUGCACUGGUAAAUCAUCAGGCGGUAACAAAUGUCCAGGAAAUUAUAAAGGACCCUAUUUUUGGUGGGUUGUAUAGCAAUACUCUCUUCCUUCUCUCCCAAUCUCGUGGAUAAAGAAGGCGGUUAGCGUCUUCAUCAGCCGCCGUGUGUUUAUCUUCACCGUCCCACAUCGAUCUCUGUCAUGUGAGAGAGAGAGAAAGCUACCGGGUGAAAUGUUUAAAAAAAAAAAAAAAAAAAGUACAUUCAUUUAUUUAAUUCAGUGCAUUUAAAUACUACUGCUCCUGCUACUAAUAAUGAUAAUAAUACAUGACCAAGGAAGUAAAAACAUUCAUUAGCAGUAAGUGUUACACAAGCGGUUCAUAUGGCAUAAGCUAUGAAAUGCAAAAACCGCUGGAGCAUUUUAUCCUAAAAUCGAAUGUUUAAUCCAUAGCAAUAUUUUCUUUAUUUACCCACUUAGACAAAAUGUAUUUAUUCACCCUCUCGAACAUGGCUUUCUGUUCCACAUGUACGAAUGCAUUUUGAGAUUCACUUAAAGAUCAGAGAGUAAAUCCAGUAUGUAUCUGUUUAAAUGUUUAACUGCUAACUUAGAAGUCGCAUGUUUUUAUCACUUAGGUACGACUCCUAUCUCCUAAAAAACCAGCACCAGGUCCUGUUAGAUAAGGUCUGAUUGUCUUGAACAGUUCUGCCAACUGUAGCUUAUUCUUCCAUUGAAAGGAGGAACUACAAGUUUAUUUAGAGCUCAAAGGUGCCUAUGUUUCAGUAUGUAUGUUGUUCAGAGUCUUUAUACGUUUUCAACACAGAGGACUGAGGUAUCUGAAGCUAUGAUUUGUCCCCAUGAAACCCUACAGUCUUCAUUGUCGAGACCAUGGGGGCUGUCGACGAUGCGCUCUGCUUGGAGUAGACAUGCCGAAUCCAGCUAUACGUUCCUCCAGGUAUACAGAACAUCUGUCCAGGUAUGCACCCAAUUAACGUCGUAUCGUAAGCGGAUGCUACCGGUGGAAGACGUAAAUGACUGUAUUCCAACAUCGAGUGACGAUUCAUCCAAAAAAAAAGUUGUUGAUAGACUUCCUACUAAAAGUAAAAUACUGAAAAAUGUCUUCGCAGUUGAGUUAAGUAGUGUGUGUGUGUGUGUGUGGUAACAGAGGUGACCUCUUGCUCACGCAGUCUGUAGACAUGUAUUUGUAGUGACGUUAUUUCACAGUCACACCAUUAUACCCCAAUUUCCCAUUGUGGCACUUAAAAGACUCACUAUAACAAGCGUACACACACACGUACAUCUUGAGAGCUCUAUUCUUUGCCAUGUCACCAGUUCUGCACUGCACUUUGGGGUUUUAGGGUAGAGGAGCGUCACUGAUGUGAAUCCUGCCCGUUAUGACCGAACCUAGGAUUUAUCGUGUAAGCGCACAGUCAGUCAGGAGCACCGCAGGCUUCUCAUCACAUCUGUUCAUUCAGGCAGAUAACACAGAGGCCAGAGAAACACCGACGAGUUCUUCUGUCUGUGCUUUGACCUGUUUCUUAGAUUUUGAUUUGUUGACACGAGCAUAGGCAUGCGCUGAUAAAUAAGAACACAAGAAAGAGACGCAAAAUUAAUUCUUUUCCUGUAACGGCGUGUCUGGAUGUGUUUUAUUCUUGGUAUUAAUCCAGUUUAUUAAAUAUUAGGCAUUUUAUAAGUGUAUAGUUAAUCAGUUUAGUUUCUGCACCCCUGUUUCUUUAAGGAAACACAAAAAGAAAUCACAAAAUAAGUCAAAAAUGACAAGAAAAAUCAACAGAAGGACAGAUCUUUUUUUUUUUUACAAGUUAAAGAUCACUGCCUUAGUCCCCUUUUUUUAAUAAACAUUAAAACUCUUUGAGUUUUUAAUAAAUAUUUUUCUAAAUAUCCAUUUUUCAUUAACCUCGUAUGCAAAUUUUCAAUUAAAACCGAGCUGUUUUAAAUUAGUACAACACGUAAACGUAACUCUUAAAUUAUGGUUUCGAAUUUGGUUAAUUACGUCAUUGUAAUUAUUCUUAUUUUUUAUUUCUAUCAUUAAUUUUGGUAUUUAUCAGUAAAGCAAUGCUUAGCAAGCCUAGGCUAUUUUGUAACGGGAUCAUUUAACUGUAAAUGUUUAAAAUACAUACAUUGUUCAAUAGUUUUUUAAAUAUAAUUGUUGACAAAUUGCAGUGGCAUAAGAGGAAUUAAAGACCUUAAACGAUCAGUGCUGUUGUAUCAGUGCUACAUUACUCCCGUUUUAUUGGUUCAUUAAAAAAAAAAAAAAGAUUAAUCAACAAGAAUAAAAGUAACUGGUAAUUAAAUAAAAAAAAAUUAAAUUAAAUAGUAAAAAAUUAUUUCAUUGUUUUUUCAUUAAUGACAUUUUUUUUGUAUAUCUAAAUGUGUGUGUACGUUUAAACGCUCAUGUUAAUAUUAUAAUUAUCUAAUUUUUUCAGAUCGUUUUAAAGCCGUUGCUGAAUUUUCUCGAUUUUUAAAAUAAAAUGUUUUUGGGAAAUAUAUAUAAAUAUAUAGAAAUUUCCAGCUUAGCUCACAAAAGCUUUAACACUAUCACAUUAAAUAAGUGUGUUUAAUUGACUUGGAUGAAAUACUGUAAUGUUCUGUAGUCGUGAGGUUAUACAGUAAGGAUACAUCUGCAAGCUAUAAGAGAAGGUUAGACACUGUUAUGGAAAUAGAAAUGAAAUAUCAGCCCAUGCCUAGCAGUGAUAAAGUCUUCAUGAGGUUUGAAAUAGUUUGUACUUGUCAUUCAUUUCAUUUACUCUGAAAUUGUGUCUUUAAUCCUUUCUUUUUUAACACUUUCAGCUGUUGCGGUCUGUUCGGUUCCUGCUGUGGCAGGAUUUAGAUUAUAGCUUUAAGCUUGGUUCAGUGAACCAAAGCCCAUGCACCUGGGCCUGUGUGUAUGGGUGUGUGUGUUUGUGUGUGUGUGUGUGUGUGUGUGUGUGUGUGUGUGUGUGUACUCUUUCUUAACGUCUGUAAGUAUACAUGUCAUUAAGAUGAUUUUAUAUCCAUGGUUUUUGAAAUGAAAGCUUAUCGUAUCAGACCCUCCCUCAAUCACCAACCUGACCCCUGCACAGGAAGUGAUGUGAUGCUGUUAAUGCCAUGCGAAUGAGUGAGCUAGUGAUGAAGAGGGCCAGACACGCACUCAGUCCUCUGUCCCAGACACUCGGGGGGGUGGGGGUAUAGAAUGCCCCGGCUAAGGGCACUUUGUAUAAUUAUUCAUUUGUAUACUUUUAUAUGAAGAAAUCAGAUUAACUGCAAAAAUACAUGAUUCAAUAACUAUGUACCUGUAGGGAGUAGUGCUGUCAUUAGUACAUACUGAUAUUUUAAUGAAAUAAACUCAUGUUUCCACA